AUGAGGAUCCUCAUGCUCUUCUUCCCGAACAGCCUCUGCCAGAAGCUGGACACCGUCAAACCCAUCCUGGCCGCCCGCCGCUCUGACACACACACACGACGUCUAGGGGACGAUGGAGAAUUGCCUGCGGCCGAGCCUCUUUCAGUUGUGUCGGAGAUUCCGAUUGGCUCACUAGUAAACCUCCGCGGUAGAUAUAAUCAUACAGUGUGCCGAGAGGAGGCGUUUUAGACGCAGAGCUGAGCUCGCCUUCGUUUCUUCUUCCACGUUGAUUUGCGCCACGUAGCUAGCUAGCCACGCUCACCGUGACCGGCCAGUGGGCGUAGUUUGGUGGAUCACGUGAUCUACUACGAACGCGCGCCGCCUGAGAUCAAGAAGCGAACUCUGAUCGAAUAGAGGACCAAUGGCUCUCAAUAGUCUCGAGCCUCUCGUUGGACACAAUGUGUCGGUAGUGACUGCAGAUGGAAGAGUUAUUGUGGGAAUCCUAAAGGGGUACGACCAGACAGUGAACAUGAUUCUGGCCCAGAGCCACGAGAGGGUCUACUCGUCUGGAGCUGGCGUGGAGAAAGUUCAGCUGGGUCUCUAUAUCAUCAGAGGCGAUAACAUAGCGGUGAUAGGCGAGAUUGAUGAGGAGAUGGAUGGCGAAAUAAACCUGGCAGAUAUCAGAGCAGAACCUCUCAACACAGUCGUACAUUAG